GAAAUUAAAGAAUCACAGUCAUUGGGAAUUUCGAAAUGAUAUAGUAUAAUUGGUUGCCACAAGUUUCGUUAAGUUUCACGACAAACAAUUCAAUGGUGCCUCUGCUAAGCCAAGCCGCCGGCGCCGGCGGAGCGUUGCUCUCCUCCACCCACCACUGUUCCCUCAAAUCCGUCCACCCAAUCCCACCUCUAUUCUCCAAACGCCGCCCCAAUUUUUCAGUCUCCCGCCGCCUCAAGCCUCUCACAAUAGCUAACGCCGCCGACUCCUCCGGCGGCCCCUCCACCAAAACCACCACCUCCUCCACCGUCAAAUUCGAGGACCAAGGCUCCGCCGCAUCUAAUUCAAUCUCAAUCGUGGGCCAAGAAAGUGUCCCCCUUGAGGGCGUUAUUCAGUUCGAGAAACCCGACUCUUCUUCUCGUAUCGCUAAAUGGGGUCUCGUGGCCGUGUUGGCCGGCGGCGAUGUGGCAGCGUUGCUUUUGUUCGCUGCAAUCGGGAGGUUAAGCCAUGGAUUGUCCGUUUUCGACUUCGAAACUUUCAAAACUGCCGACCCUUUUAUGGCUGGGUGGUUUUUGAGUGCGUAUUUUCUCGGGGGAUACGGUGAAGAAGGUCGCGGCAAAAAAGGUCUAUGGAAGGCUGUUAGUGCUGCCACCAAGUCCUGGUCUUUGGGUAUUCCGUUGGGAGUAAUAAUAAGGGCGGUUACAAUUGGGCAUAUACCACCGACCAAUUUUAUAUUGGUUACUAUGGGAAGCACUGCUGUUUUACUCGUCGGUUGGAGGGCUUUAUUGUUCACCAUUUUUCCCACUGACAAAGGCAAGAAGGAUGAUGUAUACAAACGGGGCAGCCCUUUUGAACUAUUUGAGUUGCUCACAUCAUUGGUCAGAAGAUGGUGAUGAGGUAGAAGCAACUCUUUUGAGCCUAACAAUGACCGUUGCGCGCGCCUUGUAAUUGGGAGGUAACUUUGUGCAUGUUAAUUCUUUCCAUUUGUUGUCACAAGGAAAAUAAUGUAUAUGAAGAUGAUUCUAAUUUUUUUUUAAUGAUAUAAGUUCAUGUUUCGA